AUGAAACUACCGCAACUUAGUGUAAAUAGAUUUUUUGAAAAUGGGUGUAAUAAAAAUGAAAAUACUAUUAUAAGAUCAGUGCCAGAUGAUUUUGAUAACAUUGAGUUAGAUGAAGAUGGCCCCUCUUAUAAACAAUCUGACAAUAAAAAUAUUUCUGUAGUUUUAAAAAGUUUCUCUAGUCAACUAGACGAAAAUUCUGUUAACGUAAAUCCCUACAUCAAAGAAUUAAAGAUACUAUUAUCUAAUCUAACAACCAUGCAGUGUAAUAUAGUACUCACGUGGAUUAAAGCUCAUAUUGGACUCGAAAAUAAUGAAAAAGUAGAUCAGUUGGAAAAAAAAAGCAUUUUAAGUGGCGAGGAAACAUUGAAUGAUAUUGUACUUCAAGAAUGUAUAAGUAAAACCAGAUUACAUGAUAACUGGAAACUUCAAUGGAAUCAAUACUGUUGGGAUGCUGAAAACCUGUGGGCGAAUGAAGGUGAACCUGAGACCAUCGAAGAUGAUUUUGAAGACGAUGAUUAUGUUCCUGAACAUCAGUCUGACACUGAUAACGAACAAAGUGACGACGAUAAUGAAGAAGAACAAACAGAACCCAAUAACUCGCAAAGAAAUAUCGCCAGUAUACUGGGAAAAAUUGUUUAG